GCGACGGCAGCGACCGGCCGGCACACUGGUGUGCUGCGGUGCGCGCGUGUGUUUUAUACAGUGUCCGCCGACCGUCGGACGUCUUACACGCGUUCGUAUACGAUAUCUGCCGGGUGUGUUCCCCCCCGACGAAGCGGGCGACGUACAAAUUAAUAACAAUAUUUUAUAUUAUUUUGUUGCUCCGUUUUUUUCCACGGACGGACCGCGAAUAGUUUUUGUUUCACCAAUCGUCAUUUUUAUAAAAAUUUAAAAAAUAUAUUUUAUCAUAUUUAAAUAUAUUUCAUAUUUUGUUUACCGGCGAAAGUUAUAUUAUUCAGUAGUAUUUCCGCCAAUACUACUACUACUACACACUACUACAUUACUUCUACGACUACUACUAUACGACUACUACUACAACUACCGCCACUACUUAUACUACUUCUAGUAAUAAUUUACUAAUAUUAAUAUUAUAAUACUGAUAUUAUAAUAACCGCGGCAAAAGUGUACCGAGGUAGUUUAUCGAACGCGACGACCGUGUAUUAAUAUUAUAGUCGUACGGCUAUAUUAUAUUAUAAUAUUGUCGUUGUAUUAGACGACCGCGACACCGGUGCCUGGGAAAUAAAAAUCGUCGCAGGUGGUGGCAACGGCGGCAGCGGUGGCGACGACGACGACGGCGGCGGCAGCGGCGUCGGUGGCGAUGUCGCGAUCACUGUCCGCGACAGACGACCCGUUUACCACCCAACAGCACAUUAGCUGGACGAUUAGCUGGUACACCGUAUGGUAGUGUACACGACACAACAACAACAAAAACAUCAACAACUACAAUAAUAAUAAAAAAUAUUCAACGAAAACACAGAGUCACAGACGCACAAACGUCGAGCGUGCACCACGACGACGGCGACGACGACGACGAUAACGAUUCAUUACGCUAAAGACAACCGCAUCUGCAACCAGCAACUGCAACUGAAUCCGCGACUGCAGCGACAAUCGUCUGCAGCCUGGCCACAUAUAGUUAUUAUGCCGGUGCAAUUACCGCCGUGGACGCUAUCGGCCGCCCGAUGAGUUGUUAUUGGCCGCCAGUCGCGUGUGUAACGACGUCGCCGCCGACCUGAGCGUUUGUGGGAAGUAUGUGGAAGACACGUAACCGAUACAAUUGGUCGUGGUCUAUACGUAUUGUCGUUGUUGUAGCCGCCGCAGCCGUAACGCUCGCGAUGUCCGCCGCCGAACCACGCGAAUCCGCCGUCUCCUCGUCCUCUUCCCUGCGUUCUACUUCCUCUUUGUCGUCACCACCGUCGUCGUCGUUAUCCUCCUCCUCCUCUUCUUCCUCCUCCUCAUCCUCCUCCUCCUCGUCCUCAUCUUCGGCCGCCGCUACCAGUGCGAUAACCAUCGUCACGUCACAACUGGAAAGAGCACCGUUCGGCCGCGAUGGCACCGAACAACAGACCAACACUCCAGGUACAUCAGGUGGCCGACGACAGCAUUGCCCAUGGUGCAAACGAGCGUCUGGUGCUCUCCCGUUACCGCCGUCCUCGUCGUCCUCGUCAUCGUCGUCGUCAUCGUCUUCGUCGUCGGCAUCGUCAUCUUCGUCAUCGUCGUCGAUUUCCGGUGUCAACCGGCACCACCAUAGGCGGAAGCACCGUCCGCGAGGCCGGCGGCAUUACGACAGCGCCACUAGGUCCAGCCUGGACAAACAACGGAUAGAGGCGAUCAAAGAACAGAUACUGUCCAAGCUGGGCAUGACCGCAAAACCGAAUAUCACUAAGGCGCGGUCGACGAGGUUCCUGGUGGAAGCGUUGGCCGUCGAACCGCUGUCUGGACUGACAGCCGCCGACCCGGACGCAGCCGCCGCAGCCGGUAACACUCUGCCACCGAGUACACGGUUACCGACCACCAGAGACGCCGAUUCGGAGCCCGACGAUUUUUACGGCCGCACCAGAGAGAUCAUCGGAUUUGCAGAACCAGGAUCUACGUUAAACGGACAAACGUUAUUAGAAUUCCCGUGGUCACAGGAUAUGGGAAGUACUGAUUCCGUAAAAGUCAAGUCUGCGAAGCUGUGGUUUAGGUUAGAAUACAGGCCGGACGUUCCCCCGGCCGCGCGUAGGACCCACCACAGUCACAAUGUAACUCUGUGGCUGUUCAAAAUAAACUUCCGCACGAACCCAAUGCGGAAUACCACGUUCCUAAGUGGUAAGGAAUUCGACGAGCACGCCACGCUGGCGUCGUCGCUGUCGCUGUCGCUGAACAACCUGGGCUGGAUAUCGGUGGACGUGACGAACACGGUGCGCGAGUGGUACGGGUCUAGCGGCAAACACAGAUUGCGGUUCCACAUCGACUGUUCCGGGUGCGGCGGCUUGGUGUCGCCGGUGCUGUUCCACGACACCAGGCAGGCCAACGAGUGGGAGAACCCGUUCCUGAUGGUGUACACGGACCCGACGGUGGCGAGGCGCGUUCGCCGCCGGGCGCUCGACUGUUCGCUGGCGGUGCGUGGCCAGUGCUGCAAGCAGCGGUUCUACAUCAAGUUCCAGGACAUCGGCUGGGACUCGUGGAUAAUCGCACCCGGCGGCUACUACGCAAACUACUGUCGCGGCGACUGCGGCGGUGUGCAUAGGACACCGGACACAUACCUCAACUUCUACACGCAGGCCAUCGAGGACUACCGGAAGGCCAAACACUCGUCCAUAUUCCAGCCGUGCUGCGCGCCCGUCAAGUUCUCUUCCAUGUCGCUCAUCUACUUCACCGACGACGGUAACAUCAUCAAACGGGACUUGCCCAAAAUGGUCAUCGACGAGUGCGGUUGUCCUUAAUGACGACGAACCGAGAGUAGACGAGUACGCGCGCACGCGCGCGAAAUCAUUAUUAUUAUUAUUAUUAUUAUUAUUAUUAUUAUUAUUAUUAUUAUUGACGAUAUAAUAUUAUUAUAAUAUUAUGAUCAUAUUAUUGAUUAUGUUUAAAUCGCGCACGCACCGCGUAUACCGUAUACAUGUAUUAUUAUUAUUAUUAUUAUUAUUAUUAUUGUAUACUUGAAAAUUGUAAUGCGAUUACGUCGUAUAUUAUUGUGAUUCCGAAAUGCGACAUAAACGCGGGAUGACGCACACGGCGUGUAUGUCCCUCGUCGACGGUCUUUCUCUAUAAUUAUUCUUCCUUUUUUCUUCUUCUUCUUCUUCUUCUGCUUCUCCUUCGUCUUCGUCUUUUCUUCGUCUUAUUCUUAUCAUACUUAUUUUUAUAUCACCAUCGUUUUAUAAUUUUUUUAUGCGUACUUUCCAUCGUUUUCGACCAAAGUCACGAGUCACAGACCCACGCUUACCCCCGCGGUUAAAAAUAAUACCAGGAUAAUUUUCCGAGUGGGUCCAUAAAAAAGGUAAAUCCUUCCAAAACUAAAAGUCAUUUAUGUAUUGCGUAGGUCAUGUGCGUCUCAUUUUACACGGAACGCGUUCACCCAGGGUGCGCCCACGAGGAGGUGAACAAGAUUAUACCCCAAUAAUUUGCUUAAGUGAUUUUUAUUUUUUAAGAUCGUAAAAUAUUAUUUUUUAUUAAUAAUUGCAUGACAAAUGUAUUUUUGGUUGAUUAUUAAAUGUCACUAUCUUCACAGAAAUCAAAUAGUUUGUAAUUUGUAUUUUGGUGUAUUUUUUGACACUGUUCUCAAUCAAUGUAAUUUGUUUAGGUUUUGAUGAUAAGAUUGAAUAGACAAAAUCUAUAAAUUUGAAUUUUUUUUUAUAUUUCUAAAAAUUAAUAUUAUCAUAUACCCGGGUAAAGUUAAUACAAAUGACGAAUCACAGAUAUUAAGGUUACAAUUACGGACGUAAGCAGGCUCUACCAAAAAUCGAAUGCCGGACGCACUCAGGCUAUUAAAAAGUAUAAUUUUGAAAAUCGGUCUCACUCAGGCGACUCCCUUUUUGUUUAUGAAUUGUAUUAUUAUCAUAACAAUAUGUGUGUUAUCGUAUUAUAUUAUGACGGUAUACAUAUUUUUAUAACGGUUUUAGUUGUCGGUGAUGGACGAAACGAUUGAGCGCGGAAUAGACGUCGCCGAUUGAUCGACAACGGUCGGGUUCACCUUGAUUGUUAUUAUUUAUUACACACCUCGUACGCGCGGGGCCAUCGCCGGUGCGUAUUUCAAAUCGAGUUUUCUAAAUUUUGAAGGGGAGAAAAAAAAACAAAUUUUUAACGACUUCGCGGUAUGAUAAUAAUAUUAUAUAUUACCUAUAAUACCUAUAUACGCUAUAAGUGUCGUAUAUAGUGGCGUAUAUAAUAUAUUUUGCACCAAUGGCGGUGAAGACGAAAAAAUCACCAGCCGACGGUUUUCUAUAUUAUCGGGUUUUUCGUCCGAACAGCACACCCGUCUAAUGUGGUUUACCGACCAAGCGUAUCACGACUUUGCGACCUGCAUUUCCGUGUGUGCGUUUUUAAUAUUAUGCACUCGUGUGACCUACUGCAGCAGUAUACUUACAGCUACCGCUACCGAUCUGUGGUCAGGUAUAAUAAUAAUAUUAUAAUACACAACGCGGUGGUAAACUCAUUCAGUUGUUUUUCGGCGCCAUUUAUAUUACAAUAAUAAUUUUAUGAUUACAACAAUAUAAAACGUACACGUCCCGCGAUACAGUGCAGUAAAGUAAAAUAAUAACGAUUAAAUCGAAUUUCAGUUUCUCGACUAUACGUAACUAUGCAAUACAUUAUAUUUUAUACAGCCACGUAAAAAUAUAUAAUUAUAAUUUAUAUACGUAAACGAUGCACUUAGGUCGUACGAUAGGCGAUGCACAGCCCUAUUACACAGCUAUAAAUUUAUACCUAUACUAGAUACAACAAACGCGACUGAUCCUAUAGCUGCUGCGGCCUGCUACAUUUCAACCAUAUACCUAGUUGCACGCGUUACUGCGUUACGACCUACACAGAUUUAUGUCCGCGUUCGUUUUACCGCCGUUCUGUUCACGGAUUUUUGACAAUCGAUAAUCCCAUUAUUAACACGGCAGCGCUAAACUUAUGAUAUUAAAAUGAAACUCUGGCACGUCCGUUAUAAAUUCGUGAUUACACAAGUAUUUUUCAUUUUCAUUUUUCCCAGCGCCCACGAUGCCGCGGAUAUUAUCGCAUAGACCAGUUAAGAAGACCAUAUAAAAUAAAAUAUGUAUGCCGAUGAUGGUUGAAAAAACGCGUUAUGCUGUAAGUUGUAGGUUUUAGAUCAUUCUCGGGAUUUGAUCUCAUUGAUUUUCGUGCAUAAUAUUAAUUAUUAUUAUUCAUGUCGUCGAAACGCAGACCAUAAACGGACGACAUGUUAUACCGCGUGAUUAUAUUAAUAUUAUAACAUCAUAUAAUACACGUGGAGUGCAUUCGUGUGGAGCUGGAAAAUAUUUCUUGAUGCGGGGCGGUGGACUCGUCAUCCUUCUAUUGUUGUAAGUUAAUGCUACUUUUAUUUUGUAUUUUGUUGGUUUUACUGAUAUUUCGGGGGGGGGGGGGUACGUUCACCUCUGACAUUCGUAAUUUAACGCACUAUAUAUCGCCAUUAGACUAUAAUAAUAUAAAUCCAAUUUACCUAUCGCUGUUAACUCGUAGCUAAUUUUAUAUUUCGUGUGCAUAUAAUAUAUUACAUAAUAUGUGCAUGUGUGUAUAUUGUAUACGAUUGCGUAUAGCCUAAUUUUACCCCAUAAAUAAAUAUUAAUAAAUAA